GUCGACACUGUACUGCGCCAUGAACGCUUUUAUUUCGUUGUUCGUUCUUCUGUCCAUUGGCCUGGCGUUUUCUGCGGCCAUAACCUGCAAUGAAACCGAAGGAUCGAUAACUGAUGAAAAUGAAGCGAUCGACUGGUUAAAUAACACGUAUAAUCCACAGGCCGAGAUCGUGUUUUUUAACACCGUGUCGGCCUCGUGGGACUACCAGACGAACAUCACGCAGUAUAACCAAGAGCACAUGUUGGAGGAAUCAGCCAAUGCCGGUGAAUUCCAAAAGGACGCCAGGGUUUGUGCCCUUGUGUUCGACAGAUCUGAUUUCACCUUUGAUACUGAGAGAAGACUGGACAGCCUCGUGUACAUUGGAUCUUCAGCAUUGAACGAUGACAAGCUAAACGAGUAUAACCAAAUUGUCGCUGACAUGGAGGCCAUAUAUUCAACUGGUAAAGUCUGUGACAAACCUGGGGAUGAAGACCCAGACACGUGCUACUCACUUGAUCCAGAUCUUUACGAAGUAAUGGCAACAAGUCAGAAUUACAACGAGCUGGUGUGGGCGUGGGAGGGAUGGCGAGAUGUGUGCGGACCACCGAUGAAACCCAUGUAUCCCAGAUAUGUGGAACUAGCCAAUGAAGCCGCACUUUUGAAUGACCAACCUGACAUGGGAGCUUACUGGCGAUCCUGGUACGAGAUGGACAAUUUUGAAGAAGAGGUGUUAAGACUGUGGCGGGAGGUGAAGCCAUUCUAUCAACAGUUACACGCUUACGUAAGACGCAAGCUUAGCAAAGUAUAUGGGGAAGAUUACGUCAGUCUGUAUGGUGCACUGCCUGCACAUGUGUUAGGAAAUAUGUGGGCCCAAGAUUGGGCGAAUAUUGGAGACCUAGUUAUGCCGUAUCCAGACUCGCCGACCAUAGAUGUCACUGAUUCCCUAAUUGAACAGGGUUAUACAGUUGACGACAUGUUUCAAUUGUCUGAAGAAUUCUUUGUAUCACUUGGAUUAAUUCCCUCACCAGAAUCCUUUUGGGAAGAUUCGAUGUUCGAGAAGCCAGAUGACAGAGAAGUGACGUGCCAUGCUUCUGCAUGGGAUUUUUUCAACAGAAAAGAUUUCAGAAUUAAGAUGUGUACAAAAAUCAACCACAAUGACUUGAUUGUGAUACAUCACGAGAUGGGACACACUCAGUAUUUUUUCCAGUAUGCUCCACAUCCAGUUGAAUACAGAGACGGCGCCAAUCCUGGCUUCCACGAAGCAGUUGGGGAUACCAUAGCUCUGUCUGUCCAGACGCCGGAGCAUCUAUACAAAGUUGGUCUCUUGGAUGAGUUUGUUCAGGACGAAGAAACUGACUUGAACUUUUUAAUGUCAAUGGCGUUGCAGAAGAUUGCCUUCUUACCGUUCUCUUUAUUGGUUGAUAUGUGGAGAUGGGAGGUGUUUGCUGGCAAUGUCACUGAAUACAAUUACAAUGAACGCUGGUGGCAGUUAAGAACUGAGCUGCAGGGCGUGGUUUCUCCUGUAACCAGAAGUGAUUUGGUGAUGGAUUUUGAUCCCGGUGCUAAGUACCACAUACCCGCAGAUGUACCAUAUAUAAGGUAUUUUGUCAGUCACAUCCUCCAGUUUCAGUUUCACAAAGCCCUAUGUGAAGUUGCUGGAGAGUUGGAAGACAAGGAACUACAUCAAUGUGAUAUUUACGAAUCUAAAGAAGCAGGCAAAAAACUAGGGUAUGUAUGA